AAAAGGUGCCCCAAGUGACGUUUACCACAGAUACCUGAAUUAUAAUACUGUUUGGAACUGAACAGCAACAAAAUUCCACCUUUUGGAGCAUGGAUUUCAUGGGUUCAAAUUCCAACACUGUGGUGGUGACUGGUUUUGGUCCCUUCAGACAAUACCUGGUUAAUUCUAGCUGGGAAGCAGUGAAGGAGCUGUCCAAGAGAGGCCUUGGUGAAAACAUCAAUCUCCAGAUCAUGCAGCUGCCAGUGGUUUACCAAAAAGCAAAGGAGCAAGUCUGCAAGAUAUGGACAACUCUUCAGCCACUGCUUACAGUUCACGUUGGGCUGGCUUCAUCCGCCACAGCGCUCAUCAUCCUGGAGCAGUGUGGGAAGAACAAAGGCUACCAGGAGAGGGAUGCUUGUGGUUUUCACCCAGAAGGUGCCUGCUGCGUGCUAGACGGCCCAGAAAAGAUUGAAUCUACAAUUAAUAUGAAGACUCUCUGGAAAAACAUCUCAGUGGAAGGGAUUGGUAUCACCCUUUCCAGAGACGCGGGAAGGUACAUCUGUGAUUACACCUAUUACACUUCUCUGUAUUAUGGCAAUAGAAGAGCUGCUUUCAUCCACGUCCCUCCAUUAUCUGAGUCGGUAACAGCAGAAUUUCUAGGAAAAGCAUUACAGACCAUUAUCUUAGCAAUGUUAGAACAGUGUGGGGAACAAAGAGAGAUGGAUCAUAGAGGGGGAAAAUUAUGAUUUCUUAGAAUGUAAUUCCUUACCUCUUAAAUGAAGCAGAUCUGAAGGUUAUUUAAAACCCACACACACAGGAUUUUAUAGCCCAUGUUAUUUUCAGUGAAAAUUUCCUUGCAAAACCCAACCAACCAUUUGCAUCUCUUAG